AUGCGUGAUGUCACGCUAGAUGAGAGAUUGAAGCAAAAGGCUCAUUAUGAUGAUGGAAGAAAGGAUGCUCCUUCAUUCAAGGUUGGUGAUAGAGUUUUGGUUCGUCGCUUUACUAAUACACGUCUUGGGUAUCGAUGGUCCAAACCACUUCAAGUUCAAGAGGUUACUUCCCAUGGUUCUCUUUAUCUAAAGGAUGAAGCUGAUUCUAGGGCGAGACUUAUUGGUCCAGUUAAUAUAGACCAUGUGUUGCCCGUUGAUGAUAUUCAGUUUAGAGUGGAUUUUGUUGAAGAUGAAGGUUCUCGUAUUGCUAGUAAUUCUAGAGAUAUUCCUAUUGAUGGUGAGAUUACUAGUGAGGAACAAUCUUCAUCAAGGAUAACUGAGAUUGAACGUUUUAUUCAUGCCGUUCUAUUAUCGAGAUCUGCUCCUAUGUAUAUUGUUGAUGUCCAAUCUUAUAUUCGUCGUGAGUUUGGUAUGACUCGUGAUGAUUUUAAGAGUUUUGGUGGUUUACGUGGGUUUAUCCAAGCUUCUAAAAAUAUAACGUUGGAUCCUUAUGAUGCAGUCAUUGCUGUGACUAGAGUUUUUGAGAUUUGA